GCUUGGGAAAAGCCAAAAAAAGGUUUCCCACUAUUAAUAAACUUCCUCCAAAAGCACCCACUCUCUUUUAUAUUUUUCCCUCUCCAUUUCUCUCCCCAAAACAGCCAAUCCCGGCCAUACCCACAUUCUUGUUUCUGCUCAGGACCAUUCUCCGGCAGUUCCCAGCAAGGAGAAGGUGAAAAUGGCACAGAUUUUAGCACCGUCCACACAAUGGCAGAUGGGAAUACCAAAGAACUCCACAUGUGCAAGUCCAAUUACAACCAAGAUGUGGAGUUCUCUAGUCUUGAAGCAGAACAAGGCUGCUAAAACCUCCACCAAAUAUAGAGUGCUUUCUGUGAAGUCUGAAGGUGGAGCUAUUAAUAGGUUGGAGAAACUACUGAACUUGGACGUCACUCCUUACACCGACAAGAUCAUUGCCGAAUACAUUUGGAUUGGAGGUAGUGGGAUUGAUGUGCGUAGCAAGUCAAAAACAAUUCCAAAGCCUGUUAAGCAUCCUUCUGAGCUUCCCAGGUGGAACUAUGAUGGGUCUAGUACUGGACAAGCACCUGGUGAAGAUAGUGAAGUUAUUUUAUAUCCACAAGCAAUUUUUAAGGAUCCUUUCCGUGGAGGAAACAAUAUCUUGGUACUCUGUGAUACAUAUACACCAGCUGGUGAGCCCAUUCCCACAAACAAGCGCCACAGAGCUGCUGAGAUUUUUAGCAACCCGAAGGUGGUAGCUGAAGUACCAUGGUUUGGGAUUGAGCAAGAAUACACCUUACUUCAAACAAAUGUUAAAUGGCCUUUGGGUUGGCCUGUUGGAGCGUAUCCUGGGCCCCAGGGUCCUUAUUACUGUGGAGCUGGAGCUGAUAAGUCAUUUGGCCGUGACAUCUCAGAUGCUCAUUACAAGGCCUGUUUGUAUGCUGGCAUCAACAUCAGUGGCACAAAUGGGGAGGUUAUGCCGGGCCAGUGGGAGUAUCAAGUGGGUCCUAGCGUAGGAAUUGAAGCUGGAGAUCAUAUUUGGUGCUCAAGAUACAUUCUUGAGAGGAUCACUGAACAAGCUGGUGUUGUUCUCACGCUUGAUCCUAAACCCAUUGAGGGUGACUGGAAUGGUGCUGGGUGCCACACCAAUUACAGUACAAGGAGCAUGAGAGAAGAUGGUGGAUUUGAAGUUAUAAAGAAAGCAAUCUUGAAUCUUUCACUCCGUCAUAAGGAGCAUAUUAGUGCCUAUGGUGAAGGAAAUGAGAGAAGGCUGACUGGAAAGCAUGAAACAGCCAACAUUAACACAUUUUCUUGGGGAGUGGCUAAUCGUGGUGCCUCCAUUCGAGUUGGGCGUGACACUGAGAAGAAAGGAAAAGGCUACUUGGAGGAUAGGCGUCCAGCUUCAAACAUGGACCCGUAUGUUGUGACAUCAUUGCUGGCAGAAACUACUAUACUGUACGAGCCAACACUUGAGGCGGAAGCACUUGCUGCUCAGAAGCUGGCUUUGAAGGUCUAAAGCAGCAGAAUAUAAACUGAAUGGAGAUCAUGAGGCUGGCACUUGGAUCUUCAUGCAGGGGAGAGCUUUUGCCCUUUCUUUAAGGUCUUUUGGGAAAAAGUCUCAUGUAAAUAAAGGUCCUGAAAUGAGUAAUUACUAAUGUGGUGGUCUGUAAAAUAUAUCAGGUAGAAUAUUUCCCCUGCAUCAGGAUGGUUUUUCAAUUCAGUUUAACAUUAUCCUAGAGAUCUCGUUUUGUCAUCUGUUUUCGCAAUUUGUGGGCAAUCUUAUUUUGAACUUUCC